ACGUGUGCCGGAGCCGGGGGCGCUGCCGCCCGCCUCGCCCGCGUGUGCCGGGAACCGGGCUCUGGGAUCGGGAUGGGCAGCGCGGCCGGGCCGCUGCGGGUGCUGGUGGACAUGGACGGAGUCCUGGCCGACUUCGAGGGCGCGGUGCUGCGGGAAUUCCGCGCCCGCUUCCCGGCGGAGCCGCGCGUGGAGCUGGCGGAGCGCAGGGGCUUCUCGGUGCGGGAGCAAUACCGCAACCUGCGGGAGGACCUGGAGGCCAAGGUAGCCAGUGUCUAUGAGUCGCCUGGCUUCUUCCUGAGGUUGGAUCCAAUUCCAGGAGCCCUUGAAGCUAUGAAGGAGAUGAUCCACAUGCAGGACACCCAGGUGUUCAUUUGCACGAGUCCUCUCCGGAAAUACGAGCACUGCAUCGUGGAAAAGUAUAAGUGGGUAGAGAAACAUCUGGGGCCUGAGUUUGUGGAGAGGAUUAUUCUGACCCGAGAUAAGACCGUCGUAGCUGCUGACCUGCUGUUUGACGACAAGGACACCAUCCAAGGCGCAGAACCGAACCCGAGCUGGGAGCACAUCCUGUUCACCUGCUGCCACAACAGGCACGUCCAGCUGCCGGCCCCGCGCCGGCGCCUGCUCUCCUGGGCAGACAACUGGAAGGCCAUCCUGGAAAGCAAGCGCAGGCAGUAGUGCAGGAAGGGGAUGCUGUGCCCUUCCCUGUGCCAGGGAAACCCGUUCCCAGGAGCCAGUGAGCACUGUCACCUCGGGGUCAGUUAUAAUAACAAAUGAGCUGCCACUGUCAGACUUGGUACAGAGCUGACUCUCUCCACGUUUCUGGAAGAUUCCUCUGCACUCAGUUAACCUCUGUAGCAUUUUGGAUGUUUGCUGUUUGGAGAAGAGAAACUGUAAAACACAA